CUCCACUCGCUUCAACAGUCAAAGGAUGCCAUAGUCCUGAGCGCCACGAUCUCCCGCUCUUACUCCUUUGAACUGUAACUGUUGCAGAUCCGCAGAAUGGCGACUGCACCAGCGGCAGAAGACGGCGCAGCAGCGCCCAGCGCAACAGUCUACGCCCGCAACCUCGACGAGCGCGUCAAAAUCCCCACCCUCACCGAAACCCUCCGCGAGCUCUUCGAAGAGUACGGCACGAUCCUCGAAAUCGUAGCAAAGAAGAACGUCAAAGCGCGCGGGCAGGCGUUUAUCGUUUUCGAUUCCGUGGAAGCGGCGACUGAGGCUAUUGACGAGGUGAACGGGUUCGAGGUGUUUGGACGGCCUUUGCAGUUGGCUUUUGCGCGGUCGAGGUCCGAUGCUACUGUGGUAAGGGAGGAUGGGGAGGAGGGGUUGGAGGCGCAUAAGAGGCGGCGGUUGGCGGAGAAGGAGCGCAAGCAAGCUCUCGAAGCAGCGCAGAAACCCGCCAAACGCCCCGCAGCAGAGAAUCUCGCCGAGCGACCUGCCAAAUCUGCCAAAGCGGCUCCCACUGCUACCGGUGGUGUCGUGCCAGACGAGUACCUUCCGCCCAACAAGACUCUCUUCCUGCGCGACUUGCCCGAAGACUACGGCAAGGAUGGGCUCAGUCUCAUCUUCAGCCGCUUCCCUGGCUUCAAAGAGGUGCGGAUGGUGCCUGGACGCAAGGGGAUUGCGUUUGUGGAGUACGAGGGUGAGGAUGGGGCGAUUGCGGCGAAGGAGAGGACGGCGGGGAUGACUUUGGGGGAAACGGUGAUCAAGGUGACAUACCAGAGGCAGUAGAGAUGAUAUUGGAGAUGGUAAUGCAGCGGAAUCAAAUCAUAAACU